AUGCCAAAGAAGAGAUGGAUUGACAAAAAAUCCGCCCAAACAUUCACUUUAGUCCAUCGUUCCCAACAAGAUCCCUUAAUCCACGAUGCCGACGCUUCGCAGAUGGUCUUCAAGGAGAUCGCUACUCCAAACGUCCCACUCCAACCAGUUCCACAAUCAUCACAACCCAGCACUUCCAAGUACAGGGGUGGUAGUUCGAACUUUUCUUCCGCUUCGUCAACUAUUUCCACCGGUAGCAAGAUAAAGAAUAUUUCGGAUUUAGAGUCAGAAUAUGGAUUUUCAUCUAGAGCGAACGAAGGUGAAGCAGCGCUUUAUGGAAUCUACUAUGAUGAUACGGAGUACGAUUACAUGCAGCAUAUGCGAGAUAUUGGUGCUUCCUCAGAAGCGGUAUUUAUCCCCGCUGAAACUCAAACAAAGCAGAAGAAUAAAAAAGGGAAGGCACCAAUAAUCCCGGAGGAAGAUGAAGAGGAGUUUAAUGAAAAACAUAAGGGGAAGAAAACAUUAGAAGAGCUUUUGGAAGAAGAUACGAAUGCCAAGAAUGGCGGACAGACCAAGAGGGUUCAGCUGCCGGAGGAAGUUCUACCUAGUGGCGGGUUUUUGAAGAGGAAUUAUCAGGAUCAACAAGAUGUGCCUGAUGCCAUUGCGGGGUUUAAACCGGAUUUGGAUCCAAGGUUGAGAGAAGUACUUGAGGCCUUGGAAGAUGAAGCGUAUGUUGAAGAGGAAGAGGAUUUCUUUUCAGAGAUCGCAAAGAGUGGAACGGUUGAGGAAUUCGAGUUUGAAAGAAGUGCAGACUUCUUCGAUGACGAUGAGGGAGAUGAUGGGUGGGAGAGCGAUGUUACCGAGAAAGCCUACCAGAUCUCAUCGACCAAUGCUGCUAGAAGGGAAGUCGAAGUUGGCGACCUACCGGACCCAGAGAUGGUGGGUGCUGACGAGACGGCAGUCGGAGCAGCAGAAGAUAAUGAAGAUUGGCAAAGAGAGUUUGCAAAGUUCAAGAAAGAUAAGAAGAAGCCGGCUUUCAGAGAUGAAGGAUUAUCCAGCGUCGGUGGGAAGACAACAAGUACCGCCAUGUCAUUCGGAGGCGACGACCUAGCGUCGCUGGUUAGCUCAUUUAACAACAGAAAACUCAAGAAGAAGGGUGUGCCCAGUUCGGCGAGGAGCAUGACGUCUAGUUAUUCUAUGUCUAGUUCCGCAUUGUUCAGAACAGAGGGCUUGACAACACUGGACGAUCGGUUCGAUAGAAUUGAAGAAGAGUACGCAAGAGAUGAAGAGGAAGACGAUAUGGUUUCACAAUCUUCUGUCCUCUCGAACGCACCAGAAAGGCAGGACUUCAACAAUAUCCUCGACGAGUUCUUGGAUAGCUACUCUACCGCUGGUAAGCGGAAUCAAAUAGUAAGAAGAGGGAAACAAGAGUCAGGAAUGGAGCAGCUCGACGAUAUCAGGAAAGGACUGGGCAAGCCAAGACUCACAUCUAGGUCCUAG